AUGGCUUGCCAUGCAAAUUAUGCAAAUUUUCAAGGAAACUAUAAGGAAGAAGGUUUCAAUGAUUUAAAUAACAUAUAUCAACUAUGCUGACCGAACGGAGAAAUUUUCUUCAACUCCCCCAUUUCAUGAACAAGAAUAAAAAUUUUGCUCUCACGGAGGUGAUUUUUAAAAAAAAUUAUAUAUAAAAUAAUAGAAAUUUUUUUGCUCAAAUUUUAAACAAUUCGAAAUAAUUUUAAAGAAAAUAUAAUUUAAUUGUAAAAUUUAUUUAAAAUGCAAGCUGUUAAAAAAUGAAUUAGUUAGAGAUUUCAUUAUAAUAAUUAUCCUUAUAUAUCAAAAUAUUUUCAAUACAAAAUUUCUAUAUUAAAAAAUUUAGUUCGCUCACAGAGGGAAUUUUCAAUGUUUUUAUUAAACUCACAGAGUGGAGUGUAAGAUAGAAAUCUUUGAAAGUCAAGCACUGCUUGAAAAGGUAUAUGAAGCAAUAAACCAUUGAAAUAGAGUGAAUUUCCCUCAUUGUGUAUUCAAACUGGCAUCAAAUCAAUCUUAUUGGGUUACUUUUAUUCAAGAUAAAAGCGGAGGAUGCCCUAAAGCUGAUAUUGGAUGCUUGCAUAUUCAAGAUCAAGUAAUAAGUCUCCCAGAGUUCUACCCUGAUGGAUCAGAAGUGCUAGAAGAGUGUAUUUUACAUGAAAUGAUGCAUUGUGCUGGAUUUAGGCAUGAACAUCAAAGAAAUGAUAGAGAUGAACACUUAAAAGUCGUAGAAGAGGGAUUCGAUUAUGAUGUUAAAAAACUAAAAUUAAUUAUAACUAUUAAACCUUAA